AGUCCGCCUCCACUGAUAAACUACACCUGAUUCGGUUAGUUAGGAAUAAAAGAGAGAAUAUGGAAGAGACAGAUCAAAACUCGGACCAGAAUAAGCUUGAACACUUUUCAAAGAUGAAAGACGAUUUAGAACGCAUUUUAGAUGAUCGUCCCACCUUUACUUUGCGAAAAGUUCUUUACAUAGUUGGAAUUGCUGUACUUAUCAUUAUAAUCCUUUGUAUAGGUUUAGUCGUUGGAUUGUCUAAGCAUCCAAACUAUCAUGACCGUCCAACUGUUGCGGAGGAAGUUGUAAAAUCAACAACAUUAAAGACAACUAAGAGUUCAACAGCUCAACCAACAACAUCGGCAAGUCAGAAAGAGAAAUAUUACAUUUGUAAAAGUGCUAGUUGCUAUAGAGCGGCUGCUAGGGUUAAAUCAAUGAUGUCUGAUGAAGUAACACCAUGUUCAAACUUUUAUAAAUGGGCAUGUGGAGGAUGGUUAAAUAGAGUUACUUUAGCCAAUAAUGAAUAUAAAAAGCAGAGAGUCGAUAUAUUAUAUAAGCAACAUUUAUCCGAUCUAGCUAAAACUCUAACAAGUCCCGUUCGUGGUAAAUAUCUAUUAUAAGCUAUUUUCACCCUUAUAAAUAAUAAUAAUAAUAAUAAUAGAUAAGAGUAAUUGGUACGAAAAGCACGUUAAGAACAUCUAUCAAAGUUGCAUGGAUAUCUAUAGCAGAGAAAAGGAAGGAGCAGCUCAGUUAAAGCCCUAUAUUAAAAAAAUACUAAAUAGUACCUACCUUCUUGACUCGAAUUUUAACGAUAAAAAAAAGGAUAUGGACCUUAGUCACGCUAUCUAUAUGGCUCACAAGGAACUUAGUGUUGACGUAUUCCUUAAUAUCGAGUUAAGUUAUGAUUAUUGGAAAAAAAAGAAUGUCGUUAAUAUUCGAAAACCUGAGACACCCGGCUACAUGGCGUACUAUAAUGAUAGAGACAAAUUGAGAAAACACAUGAUGGAUAUAGCGAAAACUUACCUUGAAGAUAUUGGUGUUAAAGUAGAUAGCGCAAUGGAUAGUAAAAUAAAAACGUUUGCUUACGAUGCAACCUAUAUUGAAUGGUAUAUAGAAUGGGAGGGAGAUAAUUACAACUAUUAUUGGUAUGGUUCUCCUUCUAUGGAAAAAAUCAAGGAUAGAUCUGAUUUAAAGCUUAAAAGCAAGCAGCUUGACAUUAUAAGGAUAUUGAAAGAGUACUAUCCAAGAGCCGAACCAAUCACCGAUUACGAAGUGAGGGCAGAUAUGGUUUAUUUAAGAGGUCUUGACGAUCAACUUCAGCAUUUUGAUAGAUAUAUUCAUUUUUGGGGAAGAGAUAUGAAUAAUUUCAUUUUUUGGAGAAUUCUUUUCAAAAUGAGCCCAUUUUUGAGUUCCAAAUAUCAGGUAAAACAUUCAGAUUAUGUCAAGAAUUCUUACGAUGGAGGCUAUUACUACAAUCCUCAAAGUCACACAAUGGAGUGUUUAAGCUAUUUGAAAUUGUUUGUACCGGAGGCUUUAGUCCAAUGGGAUAUUGAUGCUGGAGAACACAGUUCGCAGACAUUUAGUCAAAUUGAUAAAAUAUUACAAAAUUCUUUUGAUGGUUUAAGAACGUACUUUACUCGAUCCAAUAGCUAUAUGGCAGAUCAAGUAACAGAGGAUAAUAUGAGAAAAAAGAAAAUUGGUAUUACUUUAGGAAAGAGUGACGAUCUUUGGGAAUCAUUUAAGAUAAAAAGCAUGUAUCGGCAAAAUCUAAAUACCGAUCCUAAAAAUUUUAUUGGAAACAUUGUUAAUUGCUCAGAAUUGAGAGCUCACGCCGAGAGUGACGCUUUAAGGAGUGGCAACGACAAACCAGUUUACAUGAGACAUUUCUUUCACUCUUACGAUAUACCGUACACUCUAGCUAAUCAAAUUUUUAUACCGAUGAGUUUUUUAAAGCAACCAGAUCAAUACAUUAGAAACGGUCCGCCGGCUUUGAAUUUGGGUUCAUUGGGUUAUUUUACUUUGUGGGAGGCCCUGGAUAUUGCCGGCUUUUUAAAUGAUAUUAGAUAUUCGUACAACAAUGAACGAAGACUUUUAUCAUUGGAAUCCUUUGAUAGAUUUAAAAACUUAACUAGAUGUAUAAAGCAAAGAAACCUCGAGGGGAAAAUAUUCUACACUAUAAACGUGGACGGAAUAGAGAAAAGAAUAGAAUUCGGCUACGGAUACAGUAAUGAUGUUUGGAUGCACGAAGCCGCUGAACCAGUUGCUGAGAAUGUAAUAGUCUUUAGAUCAUUAAUUAAUGGUUUAAGGAGUUAUAGAAAGCAAAAUAGUCACUCUUUGGACGUGAAAUUACCUGGUAUGAAUUUUACUGGCAAUCAAUUUGUAUUUUUAUCAAGCGUUCAGUCAUUGUGCGAGAAAGUUCAUCCGAGAAAUAUAGACUAUCAGAUGAAAUAUUCAUUUUUCCUACCAAUUGAUUCUGAGAUAAAUGUUGCAUUACAACAAAUUCCAGAAUUUGGCGAGGCCUUUCAAUGUAAAAUUGGUGAUAAAAUGAGACCAAAUGCUAAUUGCGCUAGUUUGACUUGAAUAAUUUAAUUUUAAUUAAAUCUUUCAUCUUUACAAGCAACAAGCCAAAUAUAAAAAAAUCUACAAUAAAAAGGAAUAAUCUAAUCAAUCUUUCUUUAUAUGAUUUGUUUUUUUUUUUAUUUAUUUUAAUUAUGUCAGUCUUUUAUUUAUUUUUAUUUUUUUUUUGUUUUAAAAAUCUCACUUAGUUAAUCUAAUUAAUUUAUUUUAUUCAUAUGAAUACAAUUUACAUAGUUG